AGAGCGAGAGAGGGGAAGAGAGAGAAAAAGAGAAAAGGCGACUAGGAACCGAAGAAGCACUCCCACCGUGGGUGCCUGCCACCAUGGGAGCCUUGCAUCACUUGCCCGAGCCGUUGCUUCGUCCAUGGGCCAUGUCGUGAUCCGUGGGCACAGCCAGCGGGAUUUCUGUCAGUGAUCCUAGCCGCCAAAGAGAGGGGGAGAAGAUGUCCGCCUCCGUGGGCCCUCCGGGCGGCGCGCGUCCACCCGUCGUGCCGGCGUCCAUGCCCGAACCGGACCUGAGCCAUCUGACGGAGGAGGAGAGGAAGAUCAUAAUGGCCGUGCUAGCUCGACAGAAGGAGGAGGAGGAGAAGGAAGAGGCCAUGUUAAAGGAGGAGAAGCCCAUCCAAGCAAGAACUGUGAACCUGGUAGGGCAGAAGAAGCCUCAGCAAAACGAUGUCCGAGGUAUCCAGCAGCAGAUGUCGAGCUACAGGGAGACGGUGCGGCGGGUGGGGGAGGAGACGCGCCGGCAGACCACCACGGGCCAGCACCGGGACGACGCUCCCACCUGUGGCAUCUGCCACAAGACCAAGUUUGCUGACGGCUGUGGCAGCCUCUGCUCUUACUGCCAGACCAAGUUCUGUGCCCGUUGCGGAGGGAGGGUGUCCUUACGCACCAACAGUGAGGACAAAGUGGUGAUGUGGGUGUGUAAUAACUGCCGUAAACAGCAGGAGAUCCUCACUAAGCCAGGGGAGUGGUUCUCCGGUCCAGGGAAGCCAGGUCUAGGCUCAGGCAUCAGUGACCCGGCCAUGUGUGGCCUGAACCCCGGUGACAAGAAGCUCCGUUCCCACUUCCAAGUCCCCCUGGGGCCCCUCGACCCCAAUCACCCCGGUGACCCAGGACUGGCACCCGGAAUGGACCCCCGCUCACGUAGCGAGCCGCCGAGAAAGCCGGGCGAUCAGAACAUUAAAGGUCGAGGUGAGCGUCGGCCGGGUCACCCCAGACUCCAUACCCAGGUGUCAGUGGACCGGGACCAGUGGGAGCGGGAGCGGAGGGAGGGCCGGCGGCUGAGUAAGGGCCGCUCUCUGGAACAUGACCCUGUGGGAGUGGGGGUCCCCCGAUGGACAGAGGAGGGCUACCACAUAGACCCCAAUGCCCCCCGACAUUUAGCCCAGCCCCAGCCAGGGGAGCCACUGGGGGACAGGCACCCUCUACAGCCCCAGGGGCGAGGCAGGGGGGUUGGGAUGGGGAUUGGGUUUGAGAGUGUUGGGGGCAUUGGGGGCCAGCCCGAGGCUAUGCUGGGCCAGAGGACGGUGGUGGGGGGCACUAGGGGGCCACAGGGCCUCGGCCCUCCACAGCCCCAGCCCCCAGAACUCAGGGAGCCCCCUGGGACAGCCCCAGGCCCCGGUCAGGAUCCCCUCCUGCGCCGGUCCAAACGGGACAAGGCUGCGAGCAUGCUGCGCAAUGAUUCGCUCAGCUCGGACCAGUCAGAGUCUCUGCGGCCGCCCCCGCCACGGCCGUACAAGUCAAAACGUGGCGGUGCCGGGAAGAGACAGACAUCUGUCAGCAGCUCAGAGGAAGAGGGAGGGACCACGCCGGAGUAUAGCAGCUGUGAGGACGCCGAGAUUGAGAGUGUCAGCGAGAGAGGUGGGAGAGGGGACUGGGAGUGCUACCCGCUGGACCCCACUGUGUGGCAUCAUCCGGUGACAUGGCAGCCAUCCAAAGAGGGUGACCAUCUAAUUGGCCGAAUCACCCUGAGCAAGAGGAGUGCUAUGCCCAAAGAGGCCGGAGCACCGCUGGGGCUGAAGGUGGUUGGGGGAAGGGUCACAGAGGCGGGCAGACUGGGAGCCUUCAUCACUGUAGUCAAGAAGGGCAGUCUGGCCGACAUCGUGGGACACCUUCGAGCAGGGGAUGAGGUUCUGCAGUGGAACGGCAAGAUGUUGCCAGGAGCAACCCAGAAAGAAGUUUAUAAUAUCAUUCUCAAUUCCCAAGCAGAACCUCAAGUGAAACUAGUGGUGUCCCGGCCCAUUGGUGAUAUCCCAAGAAUCCCAGACACGUCCCACCCUCCAUUAGAAUCUACAGGUUCCAGUUCAUUUGAGUCCCAGAAGAUGGAGCGGCCAUCUAUAUCGGUCAUGUCCCCCACCAGUCCCAGUACACUUAGAGACCACCCACAACUAAUGCCUGGACAGCUUGCAGUACUGCCCGGACAACUUUUAGUCAAGCUGUGGUAUGAUAAGGUGGGACACCAGCUGAUUGUGAACGUGGUACAGGCUGCAGAGCUGCCUCCCCGCCCGGAUGGGCGUCCCAGAAACCCCUACGUCAAAAUGUACUUCCUGCCAGACCGAAGCGAUAAGAGCAAGCGGAGGACUAAGACAGUGAAGAAGAGUGGAGAGCCAAAGUGGAACCAGACGUUUGUGUACUCCCACAUCCACCGCAGAGACUUUCGCCAACACAUGCUAGAGCUGACCAUGUGGGACCAGCCUCGCUUACCUGACGAGAAUAGCAUGUUCAUGGGAGAGAUCCUAAUAGAGCUGGAGACAGCCCCGUUGGAUGACAAGCCUCACUGGUACAAGCUGCAGACCCACGACGUGUCGUCUAUCCCCCUGCCCUGGCCAUCCCCUUACAUGCCCCGCAGAAACACAGACACACCCAGCAAGAAGCUGCAGCGUUCUCAGCGUGUUAAAGAGCCUGAGUACGAUGACACUGGACCUAUGUCUAAAGCUGCCGAGAGGGGUUCGCGGGAGAGGGGGAGGCAGCAGAAGGAUCCCCACGCCACCACUCUGGAGGUGCCGGAGCAGAAGAGGACACCCCAGCAUCGCUCUCGAUCUGUCUCUCCACACAGAGAGGAACAGGGCAGGGGGCGAUCACGACCCGCCAAUGUCCCCACCCAGAGGAGUUUGGAUGAUGAGAUCCACCAUAGUAGGAGGUCUCGUUCUCCCACCCGCUACUACGACUCUACCCGAGGACACUACCAGGAGCAGGACUAUGUAGAUGACAGUGAGGUCAUCCUGAUCCACCAGUCAAUGCGGGGCAAAAGUGCAGAAUGCCUACACAGUGAAAGUGAUCUAGAUACCUCCCUGGACAGGGUUAAGACUAGGAGUGCUAGCACCAACUGUCUGAACCCAGAAAGGAACCAUAGUGUUCCUUCACCAGAUCCCCAAAGCUGCUCCCAGUCUCUGCCCCGCAGACGCCCCGCCAGCCCCAGGAUUCUAAUCCAACACGCCUCCCCAGAAGACGACAGCAAAUGGAUGAUGGAACCUCUAGUACCUAGACAGGAGACAGUUAACCACCUCAGUGCAAAGAAGAGGCAAACUCGGAGCCUGGACUCAUCCACCUGUCACACUCUGGGCAAGAAGCUCCCUGACAACGACAGGAGCCACCUCCAAGGUGCGUCUCUGUCCUCCUCAGUGAUGUCCUCGUCAGCAGCUCGCAGGGUCAGACAACUCCCACAGGUCCCAGACAAGAGCAGCAGCCCCGUAGAGCAAGCCCUAGCAGCAGAGGAGCGUGUUCGUCAGCUCCAGAUGAAGGUGCAGCAGAGGGACUCCUAUAGGAGUUCUGCUGCUCCGUCCACCUCUAGCAGGGACGGUGAGAGGGUGCUCAAGAGCAAACGCGAGGUCAGUCACCUGUCACUUGAGCUGUAUAAGGACCAGAGGAGAACCAGCUGUGAGAACGUAUCCCGCAAGUCUUCAGAAAGUGAUGUCAGCGACGUGUCAGCCAUCUCUCGCACCAGCAGUGCCUCCCGCAUCAGUAGUACCAGCUACAUAUCCAUCCAGUCAGAGAGACCCCGGGGACGCUUCAACAAGGCAAUGCGUGCGUCAGGCCGCAGCAUGUUGAAGAGCACCAGUGUGAGUGGUGAGAUCUAUGGCAUUGAGCACACAGACGGCAGCCAAUCAGAUACAGCAUUGGGCGGGGGCAAGAAGCGGCGCUCCAGCCUCAGCCAACGGGUGGUGGCCAUUGUAGGCCUGCCCUCCAGACGCAGCUGCAGCACCUCACAGCUCACCUCCCAGAAAGCAGUGGUGGUGGAUACUAAGAAGAAGGGCAAAAAAAAGAACAAAAUUCAGAUCCAGCGGAGUACAGAGGUGGGCAUGGCUGUAGAGUACCCCCGCUCUGCCAUGAACCGCCAGGCCAGCAGAGACUCCACUGACGGGAGCAUGAACAGCUACAGCUCUGAGGGGAAUCUAAUCUUCUCGGGGAUGAGGCUGGGGGUUGACAGUCAGUUCAGUGACUUCCUGGAUGGCCUUGGCCCCGCCCAACUGGUGGGCCGGCAAACAUUAGCCACACCUGCCAUGGGAGAUGUUCAGAUCGGAAUGAUGGACAAAAAAGGCCAGCUAGAGGUGGAGGUGAUUAGAGCACGUGGCCUUACCCCCAAACCAGGGUCCAAAUCACUCCCAGCACCCUAUGUCAAGGCCUACCUGCUGGAUAACGGAGCCUGUAAAGCCAAAAAGAAAACCAAGAUUGCACGUAAAACCCUGGAGCCCCUCUACCAGCAGGCCCUGCUGUUUGAGGAAAGCCCACAGGGGAAAGUCCUCCAGGUAAUAGUCUGGGGCGACUACGGGCGACUGGAUCACAAAUGCUUCAUGGGAGUUGCACAGAUCCUAUUGGAGGAGCUGGACCUCUCCAGCACAGUGAUUGGCUGGUACAAAUUGUUUCCUCCUUCCUCAUUGGUGGACCCUACCUUAGCCUCGCUUACGCGGCGGGCAUCCCAGACAUCCCUGGACAGCUCAGGACCAGCUGGUAUGCGCUCUUAGUGACCACAACGCAACCACAAUCCCAAAUGGACAACAACCAAUGGACCACAACUGACCAGAGUGCAUGACCACAUCCCUAGGGUCAAGAUAAACCUUAAGCAAAUCAAAGCCAGACAGAUAGAGAUAUACAGAGAAAGAGAGGGAGAGUGAGAACUAGCCAAUCAAAGUUUAGCUGAAGUCAGACAAUCAUUUCCCAUGCCUCCCUCCUUCUGUCUUCUCUCCUUUCUCUGGGCUGCUAGGCCUUGCUCCUGAGUCUCACCUCUUCUAUUUCUCAUCCCUCCUUUUAAUGUAUCCAUCCUCCUCCUCUCUGACAUCUCCUGUUUUGUCCCCUCUUUCUCCAUUCCUCCUCUCCCUCCGUUGAGUGUGUUAUGGCUUGUGCUCCUGAGAUUGAAGGGACUCAUGCAGCCCACUCUGUUAGGGGGCACAAGGGAUGUCUGCCCAGGCUUGGUGUAGCCAAUCAGUGAAUGGGUUAUUGUGAGGCCAUAAAGAGUGUGCAGGAGACAAAGGGAAAAGGUUGAAGAUACCCUGCCGACAGCUGCCCAUCCCAAUGCGUUUCAGCAUUGAGGUCGUCAUGGCAUUGCUAUAUCUGUGAGGAUUGGCGUGAUUGCACAACCUGUUAGGGGAGGGAGACUGCACAGGUGAAGACAAUACUUGUUCUAAGAUCAAAGCAAGCACAAAAGCUUGAUUCUUUUUCAGACAACAAAUGGUUGCGAAAGAGAAAAAAAGGGCCAAAUUAUGGUUAGAUCUAUUUUAUUCUAUAUUCUAUUUGCCUAGAGUUGAGAAUGUGGUGCAGACUCCCUGUGUGCAUAUUUGGUUUCGAGUGACGGUGGUCUGCAGACCAGCAGAGGUCUCGUCACCCCCGGCGAGUGUGGCGGGCGCAGCAUGACUCGGGACCCCGGCCCAAGCUGCAUGCACAUUUUUUUGUAAAACAAAAGCCAGACGAAUUACUUAAAAAGAGACUAGACUAAAUGUGUGUUAGUUCCACAUACUUUAGGCCAGCUUGUAUGUUGCAUGUACUUGUACAGUUUGCUCGUACUGAAUAUGAAUACAAACAGAAAAGCCAUCCGCCAUCCAAGGGCGGACACCGGGGGAAUAAGCUCCGCCCAGGCCACACCUCCCACUCUGCGUAUAAAUAUCCAUAUUAGGAAGUCUCCAAAAGACUUUUUCUUUUCUUGUGUUCCUUUUGAACCCUUUGGAGAACAGUGCUGUAUCGUAGUACUGAGCAAACUGACUAUCUGAGGAGCUAGGUGUUUUAACUAUAGUCUUUGGCAGUGGGGCUAGGUAGAGAAUGUGUGUAUAAAAACAGAGAUUAAUGUAAAUGAAGUAUAAUUAUGACAUAAAUGAUAAAAGAUAUAGAUAUAUAUGAUUAUCAAAUGAGUGUAUCUGACUAUACAACUAUCACCUAUAAACACACACACACGUUGUAAACACGAGUCAGGGGGACGAUAUUUACACACACAAAACGAUCCAAACAUUCCUAGUCCUAUGGAAACCCAUCUGAGCCCCUUGCCCUGUGCUUUGAGAGCCGCUGAGCGGUGCCCAACCACAAGGGGGAGCCAGCAGACCUUUCAGUUUCUCCUCAUAGCAGCCAAAACCAACAUGACUAUUUGCAACACAUGCCACCUUGUUUCUUUAAACGCAAAACUUUAAUCCCCGUAUUUGAUCAUGGUUUGGACUGAAUUGAAAAACCCAUAAAGGUUUUGUUAGCUGACGUUUCAGUUGAACCUCUUGCGGUGCGGCCCACUGCCCUUUCCUUUGUCGGUAUUACUCCACGAUACUGAUUGUUUACAGUCCAUGAGUUUCCACUCAAAACACCAUAUCUAGGAAAGAAGUAUUCACUUCAACAUUUCUUGUUUGUAUAACAGAUGUGGCUCUACUGAUGUGUACGUUUUAUAUUCAAGAGUUCAUUUUUAUUAUUUACAAAUAAAAGACUGUGGAAGAAAA